AUGGCUUAUUUUACAUGGUUUCUACUUUAUUUAUUUUCGACAGUGUUUUGCUACAAUGAAUCUGAUCAUAACAUCCAUGGAACAACUGCAUACGGAUGGGAAUUUGUGCGGGAUUUGUUUCGAGAAAAUUUUAUUCAACAGCAAGAGUUAGGUGCAGCUAUAGCAGUUUAUCAUCAUGGUCAUCUUGUUGUGGAUCUCAAAGGUGGAUGGUUUGACGAGUCAAGAACGAAAUUGUAUGAUGAUAAUUCACUACAAUUACAAGGGUUACUUGACUAUUCAGCAUUAGUGACAAAAUAUUGGUCAGAAUAUGGACAAAAUGGCAAGGAGAAUACGACAGUGGCUGACAUACUUUCACAUCGUGCUGGGUUACCUUAUACAUCAUCGCCAAUUGAUCAAUUUACUAACUGGACAGCCAUGAUUCACACACUAGAACAAGAAGAACCAUUAUGGGCUCCAGGAACAGCUCAUGGGUAUCAUGCAGUGACCUAUGGUUGGCUAGCUGGUGAACUUGUUCACCGUGUUGAUCCAAAGAAAAGAUCUUUUGGACAAUUUAUCAAAGAUGAGAUUGCAAGUCCAUUGCAAAUAGAAUUUUACAUUGGUCUACCACCCAACAUUCAAUAUCGCGUAUCACCAGUAGUUCCUCAUCCCGAUGUGAAGAACAUGCUGAACGAAACCAUGAAAGAUUAUUUUUAA